AUGCCAUACAUAGGAGCUUCCAAUAUAUCUACUUCUUCUUUCAUAAAUUUAAAGGAAAAGCAUUCUAUCUCAAAUAGAGGUAGUAGUAGUAGUAACACAUCUUCCAAUAAUUCCCUGUUGUCUCCACGUCAACGAAGUAGUAAUAAUAACAAUAAUAAUAACGAAAAUUCACCAUUAAGUGAUUUCUCAGUAAGUGGACUUAAUAGCCCUUUGAGAGAACCAAUAGGAAAUCAUGAUACAACAGUUUCCUCUUCUACAUCUGAAUUAGAUAAAUCUGAAAUGGAUGAUCAAAUGAACUCACUUUCAUUAGUACCAACAAAUUCAACAAACAUGGAUGUAGAUUCAAGAGAACUUUUUAACAUCCCAAAUGAAUCCACUCACGCAUAUACAUAUAAUCCUUUAUCUCCUAAUUCAUUGGCUGUAAGAUUAACUAUUCUGAAAAGAACUUUAGAAAUUAUCAUAGGAAACCCAGCAAUGUUAGCUGACCCUGAUGAAAAUAAUUUGCUUGCAAUGAAUAUUCAUAGUACCACAAAUAGUAUUAUGAAUAGUACCCAAAUAAGCCGAAGAAAUAGUUUGGCAAUGAGGAAGAAAAAAAAUAAUAAUAUAAUGUCAAGAACUCAAAGUUUAAGUAAUAACAAUUUAUACAAUAAACCAUUUGAAGAUGGCCAAAAUACACUCACAAGAAGCAUAUCUGUAUCUACUGAAAAAUCACGAAAUUCAACAACAAAUAAUAGUAAUAGUAAUAAUAAUAUAGUGACCGCACCAUCAGCAGCAUUAAACGCCUUCGUAUCCAAUACAAGAGUUUCAAACGAUCAGGGAACAACAGAAAAUCAAACAUUCAUUAAUCCUCAUCAAAUGGAUCCAGUGAAAAUAAGCACAAUACAUAGAACCAACUCAUUAGCAUUCUUACCAACAAACUGGAACGAUUAUAAUUCUGCUCCUAACAAAAUAUCGCAUGGUACCUCGAAAAAGGCACUCUCUACAACAACCAGUGGAUUGAAUUUGAGAUUUAGACAUCCCUUCGCAAAUUCGGGAGCAACAAUUUCAAACAUUUCUGAAGCAUUACAGUGUAAUGAUCAAGAAGAUAAUGUUCCCUAUGUAAAUACAGAAGUAGAUGAAUCUGCUCAAUUAAUUAACGCUCAAAGAUCAAACUUAAUGGGAUUAUUGGAUCUUUUAAAUGAAACAUUGGAAAAUAAUACCUCUUCAAAGGCAUCUGACCUUCAUAUGCUUUCAUUACUGAAUAUUAAUAAAUUGAUUCUAAAUAAAGAUGAGAAAAAAAUGGAUACUCCAGGUUAUAAAUCUGAAUAUACUUCUACAAACGAUCUAAAUGAACAAGAAGAAACAAAAACCCAAAGCCUAGAACAACAUCAUCAUCACUCAAACGCAGAAAGAAGAACCCUCGCAUUGAAAAAAACAUUAUUAGAUAGUUUAGCAGAACCAUUCUUCGAAAGAAACGCAGUAGAGGAAAAAUUAAUAGAAGAUGAAGAAGAAACUCAGCAAGAAAUUGAUCAAUUCAUUAACGCAAACGUAUCAAUGUCUGAUAUACGACCACAACAGGAUUAUGGUAGAAUAUUAAGACCUUUCACCUCAACUAAAAAUAUGGCACCACAAGCUAUUUUUACUUGUACUUUAAAUCAUCCAUGGCCGUUUAAAGCUGCUAAUGAUUUAGCUUGCUUAUUGUUCGGUAUCUCUAAGAAUGCAUUGAGGGCUUUAACAUUGUUAGAUUUGAUUCAUUCAGAUAGUAGACCAUUUGUUUUGCAUAAAAUUUUAUCAACAGAGGGUCAAGAAUUAGUGUUUGCUGGUGAAAUUAUUGGUAUAAUACAACCAGGUAGUAAUUCAAGUAAUUUAAUUUGGGCUUCAUUUUGGGCCAAAAGGAAAAAUGGGCUAUUAGUUUGUGUUUUCGAAAGGGUACCCUGUGAUUACGUCGAUGUUAUUUUGAAUUUACAAGACUUCACUGUAGAUAAUAUUGUUAAGAAAUGCGGGAUCUUAGGUGAGAAUGAUUUUGGUAAUCUUAUUGACAAUUCCCCCGUACGAACUGCCACUCCAAGUCCAACGGCUACACCAACUCCAACAACAUCUUCAACUCAUCCAAAAUUUGAAUUGGGUGUGUCCAAUAAUGACGGCGGUCAAGAAGAUGAGGAAAAUGAACGUCCAUCAUCACUUAGGUCAAGUAAUAGCUCUGAAAUCCAUGAUAAGAAGAAAACUGUGAAAUUUGCUAAUGAUAUUCGUGAACUUGAUGAAAUAAGUCAUUCUUUAAAGCAAUUAAUUGAUAAUGUACGCGAUGGUACAUUAAGUAGUGUCGAUGAUGAUUUAUUACCCUUACCAAUAAGAAUUAUCAACCAUAUUAACAAAAGAAGAUAUUUUACUUUAAACCAUUUAUCAUCGAAUAUUCCAUGCGCCAUAUCAGCAUCAAUUCUUGAAAAUGAAAUGAAAUUGAAAAUACAUAGUUUACCAUAUGAAGCUGGUUUAUUCAUAGUGGAUUCUCAAACAUUACAAUUAAUAAGUUUCAAUAAAUCAAUAUCCAAGAACAUGUUUGGUAUUCAUUUCGCAGAUCUAGUUGGUAGACCAAUAACUGAUAUUAUACCUUCUUUCAAUGAUAUUACAGCUUACAUAAGAAGUAAUUACCCACAUUUAGAUUUUAAAUCACCGAAGAAUAGAGGGUUAGUUCUAACAGAACAUUUCUUCAGGAAAGUUCAAGCAGAAAUGAUUAACGAUCCAGAAAGCUUUUAUACAUCAGUUGGGUUUGAUGCCCUUCAUCGUGAUGGGUGUACCAUUAAAGUCGAUUUCCAAUUGCGUGUCUUAAAUUCAGCAAUUAUAUUGGUUUGGAUCACCCAUUCUAGAGAUGUAGUAUUACCUGAUUAUACUACUACACCAUCUCAAUUACAAAUGUUAAAGGAAAAUGAUUUAUCAGUAUUUGGCAGUGGUACAAGUUCUUCGACAUCUUCAAAAAAAUCAUCAACUAAAUAUUCUGUUGAAUCUUUAAAAGAUAUGGGGAAAAGUACGUCUUCUUUAUCAAUUAAUGAGAAGAACAGAGUGAGGAUACAAGAAGCGACGACACCCCAAUCAGAAGUAGUUUCUAUGGUUGAUACUCCAUUAGCUCCUAACAAUGACAUAGUUGAGACCACUGAUAAUGAUAUAAUAGUUCAAGAUCCUGAAACAAAACAUAAACUUGAGUUGGCUAGAAUUUAUACAAGAGAUAAAUCAGAAUUUGUUAAGGGUAAUUUCAAAGUUGAUGAAGAUCUUAUUAAAAGUAAAAUAUCGCUACAUCCAAGUGAAUCUAAUGAAGAAAGUUCAACGGAUGAACUCAAUGAUACAGAGGGACCCUCGUCUAAUAUAUCUGUUUCCUCUUUAGCUCUGGAUGAUAAUAGGGAGGAUCAACCACACACGUCAUUUUUAGUUACACCUGCUAAAAAGAUUGGAGCUGAAAAACAUACAAAGAAAUUUUCUGAUUUUGUCAUAUUACAAAAGAUGGGUGAAGGGGCAUACGGUAAAGUGAAUUUAUGUAUUCAUAAGAAAGAGAAAUAUAUUGUUUGUAUCAAGAUGAUUUUUAAGGAAAGAAUUUUGGUGGAUACUUGGGUUAGAGAUAGAAAAUUAGGUACCAUACCUUCAGAGAUUCAAAUCAUGGCAACUUUGAAUAAGAAACCUCAUGAAAACAUUUUGAGACUUUUAGAUUUUUUCGAAGAUGAUAAUUAUUAUUACAUUGAGACACCAAUACAUGGUGAAACAGGUUGUAUUGAUUUAUUUGAUUUGAUUGAGUUUAAAACAAAUAUGACUGAAUUCGAAGCAAAAUUGAUUUUCAAACAAGUUGUUUCAGGAAUCAAACAUUUGCAUCAUCAAGGAAUUGUGCAUAGAGAUAUUAAAGAUGAAAAUGUGAUUGUUGAUUCAAAGGGUUUGGUUAAGAUUAUUGAUUUUGGUUCAGCUGCUUAUGUUAAAAGUGGGCCAUUUGAUGUUUUUGUAGGUACUAUUGAUUAUGCUGCACCUGAAGUACUAAGUGGGGAGCCAUACGAGGGUAAACCGCAAGAUAUUUGGGCUCUUGGUAUCUUACUGUACACCAUCGUGUUCAAGGAAAAUCCAUUCUAUAAUAUUGAUGAGAUCUUAGAAGGUGAUUUGAAAUUUGAUAGCAAUACGGAAGUCACUGAAGACUGUAUGGAAUUAAUUAAGAAAGUUCUUAUACGACAAGUUCGUAAUAGACCUGCCAUCGAUGAAAUAUUUGAUGAUAAAUGGUUAGACGUUUGA